UCAUGCCCUUUGGCCUCACCAAUGCCCCCGCGACUUUCCAAGCAGCGAUGACGACUGAGUUUUGCGACUUGCUCGAUCGCAGCGUCCUCAUCUACCUUGAUGACAUCUUGGUUUACAGUAGGACGUUGGACGAGCACAUCGUACACCUUUGCGUUGUUCUGGAUCGUUUGCGACUAGCCAAGUACAAAGCGAAUCUCGACAAGUGCGAAUUCGCCAAGCAAGAGCUUGAGUACUUGGGUCAUUUUGUCACACCGAAAGGCAUUCGUCCCUUAGCGGACAAGAUCCAAGCCAUCGUGGAUUGGCCGGAACCCCGUUGCAUGACAGAUGUACGCUCUUUCAUAGGUUUGGCUGGAUAUUAUCAGCGAUUCAUCGAGUCAUACUCGAAAGUGGUCGCUCCUUUGUCGAGACUUCAGUCCCCAAAGGUGCCCUUCGAGUUCGACGACGCAGCCCGUGGCGCAUUCACUACGUUGAAGGCAGCRAUGCAAGCCGCACCUGCCCUCCGUAUAUAUGACCCCACCCUUCCCACCCAAGUGACUACGGACGCUUCGGGAUACGGUAUUGGUGCGGUGUUGGAACAAAGUCACGAGGACGGUUGGCAUCCGGUCGAGUACUUCUCCCACAAGGUGCCACUCGUAAACACUCUCGACGACGCUAGGAAGAAAGUGCUACUCGCGUUCGUCACCAUUCUCAAACGGUGGCGUCACUUUCUUCUCGGCCGUCAGAGUUUUAAAUGGAAUACGGACAACAAUCCGUUGACCUUUUACAAAACGCAGGAUACGGUCACUAGCAUGAUCAGUCGAUGGAUGUAUUACAUCGACCAGUUCGACUUUGACCCGUGCCACAUUCCCGGUCCCGCUAAUCGAGCUACGGAUGCCCUCUCACGACGGCCUGACUUUUGUGCCAUUGUGACCACGACAUUCGACCUCGAUGACGAUCUGCAGCCGCAUUUCAUCAAAGGCUACAAGUCUGAUCCGACUUACUCUACGCUUUACGAGGAGCUUUCAACAGAUCACACAACGGCUAGCCACUAUCGGAUUUCCGACGGGUUUCUUCUCCUUCACACGAGAGGAAAGGACUUGCUAGUUGUGCCCCAAGAUCGCAUCUUACGGACUCGUCUUCUGGGCGAAUUCCACGACGCACAACUUUCGGCACACCUUGGUGUGAACCGCACACUAGCACGCCUCCGUCAGCGUUUUCACUGGCCCGACGUCCUUCAUGACGUCACGAGGUACAUUGAGUYAUGUGCAGUUUGCCACCGUAACAAGGGUCGAUCUCGAGUCCCCUUCGGCRAACUGAAACCGUUGCCGAUUCCUCGGGCACCACGCCUCUCCAUUGCUAUGGACGUGAYAGGCCCGUUUCCCCGCGAUCGCCACGGCCAUGACGGUAUUCUCAUGGACGUUGACCGUUUGAGCAAGUAUGCUCGCUUCCUUCCUUGCAAGUAUCAUGCUGCAGCGCCUGAGCUCGCACGAGUCUUGCACACUGGUUGGAUUACCAACCAGGRUGUUCCGRAAGACAKWGUGAGCRACCGAGAUACUCGCUUCAUGUCGGCCUUUUGGACUUCCCUCAUGGCUGAGUCCGGUACGGCAAUGAAGCCGAGCUCGGCUCGGCACCCGCAGACGGAUGGCCAGACGGAGCGAGCGCACCAGCUUGCUCGGCUUCCCGACAUCGAGUUCGCCUAUAACACUUCGGUGCACCCACCAUUCGAGCUACAUCAUGGUGGAGAGAAAGCACGGAUCUUCGCCGAUCUCCUUUUGCCACAGGCUGCCGACAUAGACGUCCCUUGCUCUCCCGCUUCCGUUCGGAAGUACCGAGACU